AUGACGGAUUCCUUGAACCCUCCCCUCUCAUAUGAGGCAUCAGCCACGACCACCCAUCCACAUGUGGCAAACACGCUACCCCAAGAGGUCAUCUCAUGCUUGAAGAAUUCGCGAUUUCUUCACCUUGCGACAUGUGACGGUCUGACCCCUCAUGUCUCUCUCAUGUCCUACACCUAUCUGCCCUCGACUCCUUACGACCAGUAUCCCACGAUUAUUAUGACUACAAAUCCAUCCUCUCGCAAGACCAAUCACCUGCUGACCAAUCCUCGAGUUUCCUUACUUGUCCACGAUUGGGUGUCACACCGUCCGCCUACCCGUGCACCCAACCCCGGAGGUCAGCGCGACGGGUCCCCGCCGCCGGCUGCGACCCGGUCUUCCUUGGCCAGUCUUCUGUUGAAUCUGAACACGAGUGCAUUGUCGAGUAUCUCUACCACCAUCACCGGUUCAGCUCGCGUCCUGGAGCCGGGCUCUGAGGAAGAAGCAUGGUAUAAGGAGCAGCAUUUGGAGAACAAUACUUUUGAAGAGGAAAUGGGGCUUUUUGGCCAGCAGCAGCAGCAACAACCAGGCCAACGGAGGCCGAGUAUCUCCAUCGACGAUGAUGUCCGGGUGGUCACCGUUCAAGUGCGUGAAGGCCGGAUUGCAGACUGGAAAGGAGGCGUGCGGGAUUGGAAAGUUGUCCGCGAGGGUGAAGACCAACCAGCGACGCUAAUAAUCCAAAUCCUCGCCAAAAUGCGCCUCGCCCACCUCCACAUCCCAGACAUAACGUCGUUCACUCGAGUCUCCAAUCUCCAACAAAUCCUAACAACACGCCUCCUCGCCCACAAAAAGCUCAUCCCCAAGGGAACAACACCAAGCACAUCGUCCAUUAAACCCCCAGACCCAACCAUCAUCACAUUCACCCCGAACCCGGUCUACACAACGGGCCGCCGCGACCUCCCACCCUCCAACACCAGUCCGACAGCACACCUCUCCCUCCCGCCCUCCCUCGAACCAAUCCGCUCACUCCUCACCUCCUCCGCCGGCGCGGAAUACCACCCCACGCUGCGCGGCGGGCAAACGACAUACCAUGGCCCGGGCCAAAUGGUAGCAUAUACGAUCCUCGACCUGCGACGACUGGGUCUAACGCCGCGAUGCCACAUCCGGGUGCUCGAGAACAGCGUCGUGGAUGUAUUGCGCGGCUACGGGGUUCAAGGGAUAAUUACGGAGGAUCCGGGGGUAUGGGUGCCACCGAAGACGGAAGGGGAGGGCGAAGCGAAGAAGAUCACGGCGGUGGGGGUUCAUCUGCGACGGAACAUUAGCAGUUACGGGGUCGGGUUCAAUGUGACAGCGGAGCCGAUGUGGUGGUUUCGGCAGAUUGUAGCGUGUGGGCUUGAGGGGAGGGAGGCGACGAGUUUGGAGGGGCAGGGGGUGUCCGGGGUUGAGAUUGGGGAGGUUGCGGAGCGGUUUGUGAGUGCGUUUGUGGAGAGGGUGAAUCGGGAUUUUGCGUGUGAGGAUGGGGGUGGGACUGGGGAGAAGAUUGAGGGGGUUUAUAAAGCUACGGAAGAGGAUCUUCUUUGA